UGUUUUAGCCUUUCUAAUUUAUAUAAAAAAAUAACUUAAGGGCAUCAUAUCCUUAAAAUUUUAAUACAAACCAAUCCAUCAUCUUUGUGGGUCUAUAUAUAUAUAUAUAUAUAUACACACACAUGCUUGCUUGUUCCAUUUACAUAUCCUUUAAUCCUAGUUGUUUGCAUAUUAUAAAGUUUUGAAAAAUGGAGAUGAGGUUCUUAUUAUGUAGCAGCUUGACUUUGGUAUUCAUGUUGGCUUUGGGUGAAGCAGCUGGGGAUAUAAUGAGAUGGAGCAGAAAGGAGAUGGUGGAGAUGGCUGGCUACGGCGAAGACAAACUCUCCUCCGUCCUUGUCACUGCAUCUCUUCUCUCUUCUUCCUCCUCACCUAUUCCUGGUGCUACAGUUGGCAUCAAGUGCCACACUGGAUAUAGGAAGAGAUCUAAAUGGAUCAAAGCUGUCACAAAUGCGUUGGGACAAUUCACCAUUGAUCUUCCUUCUCAUCUCCAUGCAAUUCAUGACCUAGAAAAGGCUUGUUCCAUCAAACCACUCUCUGUUCCUAAACCAUAUCAAUGCUCUCCCACCAAGACUCAAAGAGGCAUUAAACUCGUUUCCUCAUCCAACGGUUUGCGAGUCUACACAGCAGGCAACAUUACCUUACACAGAGGUCCAUGUAAAUAGAGAUUUUAGAUUGAUGUU